AUGUCUAUUAGAGAACACAAGAUUGCAGUCAUCGCCGGUGACGGUAUCGGAAUUGAAGUCACUGCCUCGACUUUGGAAGUCCUCCGAGCCGUUCAGAAGAAGGUCGGCGGAUUUAAACUCACCUUCGACGAGCUUGACUAUGGAAGCGCCCGCUACAAGGCCAAGGGCUCCUAUACCCCCGAAGGCUGGCUCGACCACCUCCGCAAAUCCCAUGCCAUCUUCUUCGGUGCCGUCGGUGACCCCUCCGUACCCGACCACAUCUCCCUCUGGGACCUCAUCCUGCCUAUGCGUCAAUCUUUCCAGCAAUACGUCAACAUCCGACCGUCUUCCAUCCUCCCCGGUAUUCCUGCGAGGAUCGUGGGGGCCAAGCCUGGAGAUCUGGACUGGGUGAUCGUCAGGGAGAACACCGAGGGAGAGUAUGCUGGACAAGGAGGUAGGACACAUGUGGGGACAGAGUGGGAGGUUGCUACGGAGCUUGCGAUCUUUACAAAGAAGGGUGUGGAGAGGGUUAUGAGGUUUGCGUUUGAAACGGCUCAGAGCAGGCCGAAGAAGCAGUUGACUGUCGUGUCCAAGAGUAAUGCUCAACGAUAUGGUCUUCUUCUGUGGGACGAGGUUGCUGAAACCGUCUCCAAAGACUUCCCCGACGUCAAAUGGGACAAGAUGCUCGUCGACGCCAUGACCGUCCGCAUGGUCGCCAAACCCACCUCCCUCGACACCAUCGUCACCACCAACCUCCACGGCGACAUCCUCUCUGACCUCGCCGCUGGUCUCUCCGGCUCCAUCGGUAUUGCCCAUUCCGCAUCCCUCGACCCUACCCGUACAUCCCCUUCCUUGUUUGAACCGGUGCACGGAGCGGCGUUCGAUAUCAUGGGCAAGGACCUGGCGAACCCCAUUGCGGCGAUUAUGAGCGCCGCGGAGAUGCUGAGGUGGUUGGGUGAGAAGGAGGCGGGGGCGUUGGUGGAGAAGGCUUGUAAGCAGAGUAUUGCGGAUGGUAAGACGACGGGAGAUUUGGGGGGCAAUUUGAAGACUAGUGAAGUUACGGACGUUGUUGUCAAGAUCCUUGAAGGCCUUUGA